AGUAUUUAUUAGACUCGAGUUUGUCCAGACAGCCAGGAACAAAUGUCGCAAGCAAAAACCGCUAUAAGCAUCGAGUUAGAAGAAGAGCCGAGAGCGAACGACUGAUAAAGCAAUUUCGACGAGAAAUCGCAGCUUUUUCAGGGAUCAUGAGAGGCAACGAGAAGCCGAGUUGGGCUGUUUCGCCUUCUAAUGCCGGUUACCACUUUGGUACUAGUGGACUUUCGGUAGCGGUUGCAACCGGAAUCACUCAUCCUCUUGAUGUACUUAAAGUUAGGCUGCAGAUGCAACUUGUUGGUCAGAAAGGUCCUUUGACUGGAAUGGGGCAAUUAUUUGUUGGAGUUUUAAAAACUGAAGGCCCUAAAUCACUGUAUCUGGGAUUAACACCUGCAUUGACGAGGUCAGUUCUGUAUGGUGGUCUCCGCUUAGGCUUGUAUGAACCCUCAAAGUAUGCUUGUAAUUGGGCUUUUGGAUCCUCCAAUAUCUUUCUUAAGAUUGCAUCUGGUGGGUUUGCUGGUGCCUUUGCAACUGCUGUGACAAAUCCAAUCGAGGUUUUGAAGGUUCGGUUACAAAUGAAUCCAAGUAUGAGAAAUAGAGGACCAAUAGAAGAAUUGCGCAGAAUUGCUUCCCAAGAAGGAACAAUAGCGCUUUGGAAGGGGGUCGGCCCUGCUAUGGCCAGAGCUGCUGCUUUGACUGCCUCACAACUGGCAACAUAUGAUGAAACCAAGCGGAUCCUGAUUAGUUUGACAUCAUUUGAAGAAGGAUUUCAUUUGCAUCUCAUCUCGAGUGUUGUUGCGGGCACAGUCAGCACCUUCAUAACUGCACCCAUGGACAUGGUGAAAACCCGCCUCAUGUUGCAACGUAAAUCUAAAAGAGUUGGUAACUAUAAGAAUGGAUUUCAUUGUGCAUAUCAGGUCAUUCGUACUGAAGGCCCCAAGGCCCUUUACAAGGGGGGUUUUGCAAUUUUCACAAGAUUAGGUCCUCAAACUACAAUUACAUUUAUACUUUGCGAGAAGCUACGUGAACUUGCUGGGUUGAAAGCAAUCUAGUACACUACAUGUAUUGAAUGAAAUUUUGGAAUGGUUACAACUAUGGCGUUAGAAUAGAGAGCUCAAUUAUUUGUUCAUUUAUAGUUUUUAACUUUACCCCUACCUCCACAUUCUUUUCCUCAAAUCUGGCUGUAUCCAAUUGAAAUAUUUAGUAUGAAUAGGAAAGAAACCCCAAUUAUUGGUUUCUGUUUUUGUUUCAUAUAUGGAUGAAAUUAUCAUCGUUAUAUUGCCAGCCUUUUGCUAAUAAUAAUAUUCUAUUGCUUUC